AUGUCUUUGAACACGGGCAGCUCGACGUCCGAAGAGUCCGUCUCGACUUCGGUGAGGCGAGCCCCGCCUCGACCCAAGAUUCAAGAACUACCGGAAGGUAUGGACCCGACCAAAUUCUCGACUCUGAAGAAACUCCAUGUCGUCUUUGUCGGCACGUGGUUCAACCGUCAACAGCGCCAUCGGGUCCUCUCUGCCGGUCCCGGCGCAGUGAGCUGGAUCGCCGACGACUUCUCCUACGCCGGCCGCUCGCGCGUGCUGCUCGCAGCCUACGUCGGCUACUGCAUCUUCACACUCGCUUGCGCCGUCGCACCUUCGUAUCCCGCCCUGCUCGUCUUCCGCCUCCUCGGCGGCAUGAACGCUGCAUGCACCAACGCCGUCGUCGGUGGGCUCUUCGCCGACAUUUACGACGAACCGAUCCAGCGGGGCCGCGUGCUUGCCUACUUCAUGACGGCCACGACCAUCGGACCGCCCCUGGGCCCCAUCAUCUCCGGCUUCGCCUCGACCAUCGACUGGCGCCUGACCUUCUGGAUCGGCCUUGCCCUCGUGGGCCUCGGCCUCCCCGCCCUCAUCACGCUGCCCGAGACGUACGUGCCCGUCAUCCGCCGCCGCCUCAAGCAGAAGGCCCGCAAAGCCGAGAGGGCUAGCCAGGCCGAGAAGGCCAGCCGGGACGACCCCGACAUGCCGGCCCUCACCAAGACGGAGACGCUGAGCGGCAACAUCCAGGUCAUCUUCGCGCGGCCCUUCACCAUGAUGGUGCGGGAGCCCGUCGUGCUCUUCUCCUCGCUCUACAUGGCGCUCGUCUACUCGAUCCUCUACCUCUUCUUCCAGGCCUACCCCAUCAUCUUCCAGGGCGUCUACGACAUGGAGCCCGGCUUCGUGGGCCUCGCCUUCCUGCCCGUCCUCGGCGGUUCGGCCGCUGCCCUCGCCGUUUUCAUGUGGUUCAGCGCCUACCACGCCGCCGCCCUGCGCCGCGGCGCGUCCUGGACGCGUCAGGACGAGUACCGCCGGCUGCCCCUCGCCUGCAUCGGCGGGCCAGCGCUGUCCCUCUCCCUCUUCUGGCUCGGCUGGUCCUCCCGCGCGACCGUCCACCCGGCCGUGCCCAUGAUGUCCGGCUUCCUCUUCGGCGCCGGCUACCUCCUCAUCUUCAUGGCCAUGCUCAACUACCUCACCGACGCGUACCGCCAGUUCUCGGCCUCGGCCCACACGGCCGCCAGCACGACGCGCUCCGUCUGCGCCGUGUGCCUGCCCCUCGCGACGCGGCCCAUGUACGCCCGCCUCGGCAUCGCCUGGGCCUGCUCGUUGCUCGGCCUCGUGGCCCUCGCCAUGGCCGUCAUCCCCUUUGUCUUCAUCCGCUGCGGCCGGUCUAUCCGCGAGAGGAGCCCGUUUUGCCAGCAGGUGCUCGCGCUCGAGCGGCCGGCGGACGAUACCGAUGAGGAGGAGGCGAGGGGGGAGGAGCUGCGGAGGCCGGGGACGCUGAAUGCGUAG